UGUGUGCAUAGUCUGAUACUGUAGUUAAGGACAUCUUGAACAGUUUCCACCAUUAAAAUUGUAGUGUGGUCAUAAGGAAACUCUAAUCUUAUGUGAAUGAGCACUAGAUACAUUAAGUGUAUUAUUACUUGCUGAAUUUAAAUAUGACACAUCAAUUGGUGCUCAACUGCUCAAGUAUUGAAAGUAAAGGAUAUUUAAAAUCAUGAUAUAGAAAAGUCAGAAGUGUAUCAUAAAGUAUGCAACAAUUUUUUUGUGCUGAUUUACCUUACGUGCUGCAUGAUCUUUUUUGAUGAAAAAAAGUAGAUUUUCUAUCAUUGUAGUUAAAAUCGGGAUUAAAAUUGUAAAAUCCAAUGAUUUUACAAUUUUAAUCGCACUCAGAUUAAAAAAACUAACAUGCCCCACUGCCGGAAGGCUCCUCACUCCACGAAGGUAUGGGGUAGGGUCAUUUAUGCAACCUUACCUUUGCAUAUGUAAAGAGGUUGUUUUCGGAUUUGAACCCAUGACCAACAGUCACCAAGGUGCAACUUUCCCGCUAUGUGAGGGCACACCCUCCAUCCAGCGAUUUAAGUCAUAUGUAAAAUCCUUAUUGAGUUUCAGGUUCAGUUUGUUGAUGGCUAAAGUUGGUAAGUUGCGGAGCAAGGCUCGAGGUCACAGGCCAAGCCCACAUCUUUUGUCUUGUGAAAGAAAAAAUCUGAAAGAUGUUAAUGUAAGGAAGAGCUCUUCUAAAGCAUUGGAGAAGAAAGAUUGGGAAGAUGCAACCUGCUCAGUCUGUAUGGAGGUCCCCCACAAUGCUAUCCUUCUCCUUUGUUCAUCUUAUGAUAAGGGGUGUCGCCCAUACAUGUGUGCCACUAGUCAUCGCUAUUCAAACUGUUUUGAACAAUACAAAAAGGCAUAUACGAAAGCAACUUCUGUUCAAAGCUUGCAGCUAGAAGCAAACAAUUCCAAUAUUGAUUUAAGCACAGGUGAACCUAAAGACGAUACUGAAGUUCCUGAGCUUCUUUGCCCCCUUUGUCGCCGGCAGGUGAAAGGUUGGACAGUGGUUGAAGUGGCACGGAAGUGUCUGAAUGCGAAGAAAAGAAGUUGCAUGCAAGAUGAUUGCUCUUUUGUGGGGAAUUACAAGGAGCUUAGGAAGCAUGUUAGGUCUAAGCAUCCAUUUGCACGACCACGAGAAGUGGACCCACUAAAAGAAGAAAAAUGGAAGAGAUUUGAGUGUGAAAGAGAACGGAAUGAUGUGAUUAGCACAAUUUUAUCUUCAACACCAGGGGCUAUGGUACUUGGGGAUUAUGUGCUGGAGCCAAAUGACCAUGCUUUUUAUAGUGACGAGUAUGAUUCUGAUGAGGAAUAUCUAGAGGAUGAUUUCUUCUCGGUGAGGUCCAUUGGUUUGGGGAGAACUGGCCACUUUUUGCCAAACAUCAGGUAUAAUCAGGACCGUGCUGCUGAUAAUUUUGAUGUUGAUCAUUUUGGUUUGCAGAGUGUUGCAUCUACAGGUUCUGCGGCUGUCUCUGGACGCGGACUCCACAGGAUAUUGUUAGGAAGGUCUAGAAGACGACGGAGGCAUAGGAUAGCAAAUGCAAGAAGGUAAAUUCAAAUAUGAACUACAGAAAUGUGGGGAAAGAGCUGUUCUUCUGCAAAUAGUAUGUCAGUGAUCUUGGCAUGGCUGGUUUUGUUGCUAUGCCAGAGCAUUUUAUAAUUUAUUUGGCAGAUUAUAGCAGUUCAUCUCAUUUAUAGAUUGAUAUGGUACCACCGUGACUUUCCCUGUUUUUAUAAAAAAAAUUAAAUAGACUGUACAAAAGGCAAUUUUAGAGUGCUCAUUGCGUCUGAUUUCUAGGUCUAGGAGAUGCAGUUCAUUAUGAUUGUUAGAUCCCAUAGGUUGGAUUAGUUAUUAUGCGGUCAUGCAAAGUGGUGAAUUGAACACAGGUGGCAUUUAGGGACAACAAGAAGACGUCCCAUAUAAUUUCAUUUUGAACUGUUGCGUUAUUCUUCCAAUGUAUGAUUUACUUUCUGUAUGUACAGGUUGAAUUACUGAAUAAUAAAUCAUACUACUAUUUGAUAGUGUUAGGAAUACGGAAUGUCCUGUAUUAUGCAGGCCCUUGGACCCGCCAUUGUUAUUUGGCUUUCCAGAAGCAGAUGUUUAGAAGCCUGUCAAAUACCGGCCUAGAGAUUAUUGUUGUAGUUAUCAUUUUGGUAACUUAUUUGGUUGUUAUCUUUAUAUUUUAAAA